AUGUUUUUCCAGACUCUAAAAUACUGCGAUUAUCUUCAUGGCCGUUGGCAUUUCCAAGAGAUCCGAGCCAUCUUCCUUCGGCGUUACAAACUCCGAUAUGUUGCGCUUGAACUGUUUUUGUCAUCACGAAGUGAGUUCCGAAAUGAUUUUAGUUUGAGGACUUUUUAUUUGAAUUUGAGGACCUUUUUUAGCCUUAUUUGAUAUAAAAUUUUCCUUACUUUAGCUGCUGUGAUGUUCGCGUUCCCUUCCCAAGAUCUGGUCAAAGCCGUGGUAGAUCAUUUGCCUCGAGUUGGAGUUGGAGUCAAGUACGGACUCCCGCAAAGCCGCAAGACCUCGCUGAUGCUGCCUCGCCAACUAUUCAAGCAUUCGGAUAUGCCUCAGAAGUGGCAGCGAAGGGAAAUCUCGAAUUUUGAUUACCUAAUGUUCCUAAAUACGAUAGCUGGAAGAACCUACAACGAUCUGAACCAGUACCCGAUAUUCCCCUGGAUUCUGGCGAAUUACGAUACGGAAAACUUGGAUUUGAGUGAAGCAUCGAAUUUCAGAGAUCUGUCGAAGGUAAGAGUAGUAAGAAAAAAUGGAUAUAUGAUGAUUUAUAGGACAUUUUAUGCUAGGAUAUGUGUCUAAAUAUGACUAUAAUAGGGUUUACAUGUCGUAAAAUGAUUUAGAAUAAAUUCGGGCCUAUUUUUUGAUUGAAGUUUUGGUGUAUAUUGUACUUGAUACCAACGUGCCUAAAGCCAUUUGAAGAUGUUUCCAGUGUAAUAUAUGUAAAUAUAAAGUUUUAUCUCCAAUUUCCAGCCGAUUGGAGCCCUCUCGGAAAGCCGCCGCAAACACUUCCAAGAACGGUUUAACAACUGGGAUGAGGACAGCGUUCCCGCUUUCCAUUACGGCACCCAUUACUCAACCCAAUCCUUCACUUUGAACUGGCUCUUCCGCCUAGAACCAUUCACCACAUACUUCCUGAAUCUUCAGAACGGCAAGUUCGAUCAAGCCGAUCGGUUGUUCCAUUCAAUUUCCGAGGCGUGGCAGCAAUGUCAAAGGGAUUCACACAAUGUCAAGGAAUUGAUACCCGAGCUGUUUUAUUUGCCAGAAAUGUUCUACAAUCAGAAUGGAUACAGUCUGGGUGAGUUGAAAAUUUGUUAAGGGGAGGUGUAAGGAUAUUGGAGUAAAGGGAAGGGGAAAUUAAAGGUGUGGUAAGGGGAGAUUUUUGUGGAUUUUAAAAUUUUGGGGUUUGAUGGGGUGAACAAUAUAAAUUUUUUUAUUUUUUGGUCUGUCUAGCGAAUAGGCGGUUGUAAAACUGCAUGAUGGUGUUAUAAUAGAGAGUCAAGAGGUUAUUAACAGAUCUGGUGAAUAAAUUAAACUUUUGCAAUCAUGAAAUUCUAGUGUUUUUGUAUUUUGAAAGUGUUGACCCCUCUUGAUAAAGAGUAAUGUAUUUUUUUUUUAAUUUUUGCCGUUUACAGGAACAAGAACCGACGGCCAGACCGUCAGCGACGUUGUCCUCCCAAAAUGGGCCAAAUCCGCGGAACAUUUCAUCACCAUCCAUCGGCAAUGCCUCGAAUCAGACCUGGUCUCAUGCCAGCUGAACCAAUGGAUCGACCUGAUCUUUGGCUACAAACAACGCGGCCCCGAGGCCGUUCGCUCAACCAACGUCUUCUACUACCUGACCUAUGAAGGCGCGGUGAAUUUGGAGGCAAUUGAAAACCCGGAAACAAGGAAAUCCAUCGAAGAACAGAUCCUGCAUUUUGGCCAAACCCCCGUCCAAUUGAUGACCGAUCCCCAUCCACCGCGUCACAGUGUCAUGACAAUUAGCCCCCUGAUGUUCCAGCCAUCCCGAGACGAUCUGUGCAUGCUCAUGAAGUUCAUCUCGAACAGCGCAGUGGUCCAUUUGAGCGCCAACACUUUCCCUCAGCUAGUGAACCCUACUGUAAUAUCAGUAGCGCAGAAUUUGGUGUUCGCUAUGAAUAGAUGGAAUCCAGCGACGACACGUGAGUUUUUUAGGGAGUUUGAGGGGGAUUGGAAAUGGUUGGGGGGAUUUUUGAGGAUUUUUUUUAUUUUUUUUUUUUGAAUUUUUGAUGGGUUUAGUUAUUUUUUGCAAAAGUUUUUUGAUUUUAAAGUAAAAUUCAUAACUUUUAGAGCAAAACAACGCCACCCCUCGCAUCGGCCAAUCCCUUCCCGUCGAUAAAAAUUCCGAAUCCGCCAAUACCAACGACCUCCCACUGACGGUCGACCCCCUCCUGGCCGUCGGAAACCCCUCCCAUCCUCCGCCAAAACGCCAUCUCGGCGAUGCCUUCGAUCAACGCCUCCAAAUCACAUCCUUCAACUUUGUAACAUCCGUGGAUUCGAAGUCGAUCAUUGCUUGCGGCUACCCGGAUUACAGUUUCCGCGUAAUCGACGCCGAAUCCGCGACGGUGAAACAAGUUGUCUAUGGACACGGAGAUGUGGUCACAUGCCUGGCCAGAUCAGAAUCCGCUCUUUAUGCUGAUUUUUAUGUGGCGUCGGGAUCGUUCGACUGCACGGUGGUCCUGUGGCACUUCAAUCAACACACACAGCAGAUCGCCGGAGAGUAUAAUCAACCGGGUAAGAGUGGGGUAAUUUGAAAGGUAUAGGGGGGAUUUUGGGAGGAGAGAAGAGCUUAUGAAGCAAAGAAUUGAAGUGAGGAAACCUGAAAGGGAUAAGAAAGGCAUGUCGUAUAUUGUUUUAGAUAAUUUUUCGGGAAUUUUGAGGUAAAAUACGGUGGUUUAGGAUGAAAAUAGGUGCCAUAGGGUUUGUUAUACAGGGUGUUCAGAGAAUUAUGGAAAAAACUAUUCAUUAAUAACUUUGCGCUCGGUGGUCCAAUCCGAAAAAUUUUUUUUGCAUUUUACAGAAAAACCUUGGAGUUUUUAGAAUCUAAAAAAAAAUUUUUCUUUUAUCGGCGGAGACUUCCGUAAUCCGCGUUGAAUUCGGCGGAGUGUUUUUUUCACAAAAUAAGGCUGUGAAUCGUUGUAUGUGUAAAGAAAAUGGGCGGAAAAGGAUCCAGCAGAUACAAUAUGACAUUUCUUUCAAAUUUCUGCGCUUCGGCGGAGACAUUUUUUAACCUCGGCGGACGAUUUUUCUUCGACUCCGGAUAGUCAAAAUUGGCUAAAACCAAAGCGUAUGGUAUCUCUGGUGGUGCGGCGUCUAAAAACGACUUAAUACGUCUUCAGCCGGCUGGCAGAUGAAAAAACGGCAAUUCGGCGGAGAAAUCGGCGAAGAAAAAAUUAACAUAUUUAAGAAAUUAUGCAAAUUUAUCCGCCGAGCAUCCGCCAAUAAGAAGAAUCAUAUUUUUGGUUGAUUAGGGCCGUAUAAGACCUACAAUUUUAGUUUUCUCAUCAUAACUUCUUAAAUAGGUUAAUUUUUUUCUUCGCCGAUUUCUCCGCCGAAUUGCCUUUUUUUCAUCUGCCAGCCGGCUGAAUACGUAUUAAGUCGUUUUUAGACGCCACGCCACCAGAGAUACCAUACGCUUUGGUUUUAGCCAAUUUUGACUAUCCGGAGUCGAAGAAAAAUCGUCCGCCGAGGUUAAAAAAUGUCUCCGCCGAAGCGCAGAAAUUUGAAAGAAAUGUCAUAUUGUAUCUGCUGGAUCCUUUUCCGCCCAUUUUCUUUACACAUACAACGAUUCACAGCCUUAUUUUGUGAAAAAACACUCCGCCGAAUUCAACGCUGAUUAUGGAGGUCUCCGCCGAUAAAAGAAAAAAAAUUUUUUUGGAUUCUAAAAACUCCAAGGUUUUUCUGCAAAAUGCAAAAAAAAUUUUUCGGAUUGGACCACCGAGCGCAAAGUUAUUAAUGAAUAGUUUUUUCCAUAAUUCUCUGAACACCCUGUAUAUUGGUAAGGGAUUUAUUUUGAUUUUUAAUGCAAGGGGAAAUCGAAAUCGUAGAAAUUUUUUUUUUUGAUUUUUAUAGGUUUUUUGGGGAAUUCAGGAAAUUUGGAAAUGGUCUGAUGAUUUUGCAAGAUGUCUAUCGAACUUAAUGACACUUUAUUUCCCUUCCUUUCAGGUGAAGCCCCCGCCCCUCGAGCCAUCCUCACCGGCCAUGACUCGGAAAUCACAGCCAUCGCGGUGUCCGCCGAACACGGCCUCGUCGUCUCGGGUGCCCAAGAUGGCACAGUACUGAUGCACACGACCAAUGGAGACCUUCUCAGGUCCCUAGUAUGUCUGGAAUUGAACCCCAAUCAUAAGGGACCAAUGCCGCCGGCCUCCAACAUCCUCCUAAGCCGCGACGGAUUUGUCGCAGUUUUGUACGGACAAGAAUAUUUUGUAGCAUACACAACGACAGGGAACCAGCUAAACCGUCCAGCCCACAAAAGCACGGACAAAAUUCUGUGCGCGACCCUGAGCCGAGACGGAGAAUAUAUUGUAGUAGGCACGGAGAACGGGAAGAUCUCGAUCAUCCGAUUGUCGUCGCUGCAAAUGCUCUACACUUUCCAGGUAAGCUGUUUUAUUAGGUAGUAGCAGUUUGGAAGUUUUUAUAGUGGUUUUUGGUCAAUUUUGAAAGGUUGAAACAGAAUGCCAAGAAUUUGCGGGAAAUUUGAAAGUUUAAAUUUCUUUUGAUUUUUUCGAAUUUUUUCCCCUUGCGGAAUGCUAAAAUAAACCAAAAUACUUUUAUUGCCGGUAAACUAAACUACUCUGAUUGCAGCAAACGGACAGCGCCAUCCGUUGCGUGGCCGUCUCCAACAACCAGCGCUACAUCCUGGGCGGCCUGGAAAGCGGCGCCGUUGUCGUUUUCAACGUGGACUUCAACAAGUACCAUUACGAGUAUAAGAAGCGUUACGGUCAUCUCUAA